CCCCUCCUGACGCGCUUCAGAAUAACAAAACAGCCAAUGCUUAAAAUAAACAGGGACAGCUGUAAGUCGACAUACAUACCUUCUUUACUACAUCAAACAUGGAUGACUUACUGGACUUGGAUUGGACCAAACAGUCCGGCAAUAACACAAAUGGUCAGACAGCCUCGUCAAAUGGCUCAAAACCAUACAAUGGGUCUAAAAUAAACACCGGAAAGGGCGGAGGAAUGGCAUCUUACAACUUUGAAGCACUCACACGAUCGAUGCCUUCAGGUGGAAAUGCUAUAAGGCCUCAACAGCAACAGCAGACAAACGCUUCCAAAGCCACUACACAAUCGAAGUCUGGAAACGAUGCAUUCUCAUCAUUGUUGGGCUUCGAUAGCUCGAGUGCAAAUACGAAUAAUGCUACAAUGACAAUGGCAGAAAGGAUGAAACAUAACAACGGACAGCCUUCAAUAUAUCAAGCACAAAGGAAACAGUCACCACUCCCUACAGCUAGUACACAAAAGGCUGAUGCAGCUUGGGAUGGACUCGAUGAUUUCAUGUCCGGAAGUAGCAGUAGCACUACACAAAGACGUACAAAUCCACAACCAGCACAAGUCGCAGCUGCAAAUACCGCCAAAGAAGAUGAUCUAUGGAAUUUCGGUGGUGCAUCCUCAAAUAGGCAACAGUCUACUGUUAAGUCCACCACAAACCAGAGAAGCUCGCCUAUAGUCCCGGCUGCGAAGAAACCUGCCUCGAAAGAUCCUUUCGACUUUUCAGAAUUCGAAGACCCGGCAGAUUUUCAGAGUUCGGCUUUGGGCGGGGGUGGAGAUGUUGAACAGUCGGGAAGAAGGCCUGCACAGGCUAAAAACGGACAUGCAGACAACUCCCGGACCAGGAGAGGAAAGGCCUCUCUAUUAGGCGAUAGCAGCCUCGAAGAGGAUAGUAUCUUGGGAUCUUUAGGUCGACCUGCAAAACCUCUUUCGUCUACCUUCGAUGAUGCCUUUGGAGAUGAGGAAGCUCCAAAACUGACUCAAUCCCGGAAAGCUGGCACUUCCUCACCUCCUCCUCACGUUAUCGGUCAGGUUGUCGAAAUGGGCUUCUCACCUCAGCAAGCGCGUGAUGCACUCUCACAAACUCCAGGUGGACAAAAUGUACAAGCAGCUUUGGAGAUCCUACUGCAAGGCUCUCGAGGUCAACCAGGACGGGGCACUCCGAACGCAGAUAGGGAUACUGAGGAGGAGCGGGAUCGUAAAUUCGCUGAAAGGCUGCAAAGGGAAGAGCAAUUACGUCAAUCUGGUCGAUCAAGGGAUGAUGAUGAUGCCGGAUUCUCGAGGCGAAGACAGGGUGAGAAUGAAAGUUCUAGAUCGGAAACACCGGUUGAUUGGCAGAAGCAGGCAGAUCAAUUAUACGCUCAAGCUUCGGUAUUGGGAGCCAAUAUGUUCAGCAAAGCGAACGCACUUUGGUCUACAGCCAAAACCCAGGCUCAGAGGGCAUUAGACGAACACAACGGUGGGAGUGGAGCAGGAUCGGCCACUGGCAGCGGGCGUUCCAGUCCAGCAGCAGGAAGUGAUCGUGCGCGUAGUCGAAGAUGGGCAGUUCCUUCACGAGAUGGAGGCCAGCGGAAAGAAUGGCAAGGAAAGCCAAAGUGGAUGGUAGAUGCUGAGAAUGAAGACCAAGAUGCACCGGGUGUAGAGCGAACAGUUCAAGAAGAUGGAAAGAGAGAGCAUAGGAAGGGAAGCAGCUUCAGAGAUGACUUUGAUGGCGAGGAGGAUCAUGCGCCACCAUUCUUCGACCGAAGCCAAGCUGCGAAGGAUAAAGCAAGAGUGGUAGAAGAGCAACGUGCGUCUCCCAGAACACAACCACCUGCUGCUGACCUCUGGGGUAGCUCGAAUGGGGCAACGUCGCAGCAACGAAAGACAAGUCCUGCUGAGGUACCACAAGCCACCAAAAAGAACACCACGCCUAGUUGGAUGUCAGGUAAUCGCUCUUCAACGCCCCAGAAUGGCACAAAAGUCAAGGAAGCCGUUGCGAAGCGUCAAAGGCAACUAAUAGCAGAUGAGGCAGGUGCUAUUCAGACUGCUUCCAGACACAAACAGCGGGGCAAUGAAUUAUUCAAAAGAGGUGCUUAUGGAGAAGCAGAAGUUGCUUAUGGUGCUGCACUGAGUGCCUUAGAUGCUAAUCCACGUUCUAUUAGACGAGUCGUUUUGCUCAACAAUCGUGCGAACGCUAGACUCAAGAAUGGAGAUGCAAAAGGUGCUUUGGAUGAUACACUUGCAAUCUUACAUUUGAUCGUUGUGGAGGAAGGUAAAAAAUCUUCACCUUUCUUACUUUUCCGUCCCUCAGAAGAAGUACCAUUGCCUCUGCCUGAGUAUGCAGAAGUGAAUUUGCGAGAGGGCUACGCAAAGGCUUUAUUGCGAAGAGCACAAGCAGAAGAAAUGCUGGAGAGAUGGGAUCCGGCUUUGAGUGUUUGGUCUUUGCUGGAAAAGUACGAACGUGAAGAAGGAAGUGGAGCGAACGGAGUUUCAAACAUGCGUGCUGCUAAAGAGGGAAAAGGUCGAUGUGAUAAGAUGUUGAAAGGUGGUGAUGUUAAUGGAACAAUUGCCCAAGGACCCAAACCUGUCAACAAUGCUCGCGUUAGGGCUGCUGCUGCCAGUGCUGUUGCCAAAGCAGAAGCGAAAGUCAAGGAACGUUUGCGGGCUGAAAAUGCAGCCACAGCUCAAGAAGAAGCAACAAAAGAUUCUUUGCGUGAUUCAGUUGAUGGACGGAUCUUAGCUUGGAAAAAUGGAAAGGAGAACAACGUUCGUGCUCUUCUUGCAAGCUUGCAUGAAGUUGUUUGGCCAGGUUUAGGAUGGAAAAAGGUGGGAAUGCACGAAUUAGUGAUGGACAAUCAAGUCAAAAAGGUGUAUAUGCGUGCAAUUGGUCGUUUGCAUCCGGAUAAAUUGACCCCAAAAUCCAACACGAUCGAAGAGCGAAUGCUUGGUGGAGCUGUAUUUUCUGUUCUGAAUGAUGCCUGGUCUGCAAGUCAAUCCACAUAGAUAUGUAUACUCUCUAGAUACUAUAAUUCAAUCAAAUGCGUUGAGCAUAAAUGCUUUUGUCGAAUAGGCUAUUGAUACAAGGGUGUGAUUGUGGUGGUGUACAUCGAGUGGAAUUUGCUGACGAUUUACGAUGAUGGUUCUGCUUUUCCUUCUUCUCCAUCGUUCAAUUCGCGUAACCAAAGAACGUUGUUGCAUCUGAUGAAAACUUCUCCCAACAUUCCGUUUGAUUUUCCAUCAACGAAUUCUUCUGUGUUUGCUAGUUGUAGAUUCAUAUAAUUAUCUGUACUGACCAAGAAACCUUUGUAUUCCAUUC